GCGGCGAGGGGCGAGCGCGCAGGCGGAACGUCCCCGCCCGGGUUCCGGUUUCCGCACACCAGCCGAGCCGCUUUGGGCGACGGCCCCAGGGACCCGGAGAGCUAUAGCGGACGGACUGUAGAGGUUGUCUGAAGGCCGAGGCCAAGAUGGCGGCGCUGGCGGCUCCCAGGCUGCUCCGCCCAGUCCUCGCUCUGCGCUCCCAUGUGGGUGCGGCUGCACAGGUGUGCAGUGUCCAUUCGAGUGUGGCCACCGACAGCCUGAGCAGCACUCAGCCUGCCGUGUCCCAGGCCGGAGCUGUGGUCCCCAAACCUGCCGCACUUCCCAGCAGCCGGGGCGAGUAUGUGGUGGCCAAGCUGGAUGACCUCAUCAACUGGGCCCGCCGGAGCUCCCUGUGGCCCAUGACCUUCGGCCUGGCCUGCUGCGCUGUGGAGAUGAUGCACAUGGCGGCUCCGCGCUACGACAUGGACCGCUUCGGCGUCGUCUUCCGCGCCAGCCCGCGCCAGUCAGACGUGAUGAUCGUGGCCGGGACGCUCACCAACAAGAUGGCCCCGGCGCUCCGCAAGGUGGGCCCAGCCCCCUGCCCGCCCGCCUCCUCCCGCCACCCUGGCUGGAGCCACGGGCAGACCCUCUGUCUCUUCCAGGUCUACGACCAGAUGCCCGAGCCCCGCUACGUCGUGUCCAUGGGGAGCUGCGCCAACGGAGGCGGUUACUACCACUACUCGUACUCCGUGGUGAGGGGCUGUGACCGCAUCGUGCCCGUGGACAUCUAUGUCCCAGACCUUCCCAAGGGUCCUCACCAGGGGCCAUCAUGGCCUGGGGUCAGCAGGCCUCCUGCACAUGUCCUCAGUCCCAAGCUAAGUCACAUGGAGGGAGGGCUGUGGACAGGGCAGCCUGGACCCCCCCGCCACCCAUAUCUCAGCCGGGAGGCUGCCCGCCCACGGCCGAGGCCCUGCUUUAUGGCAUCCUGCAGCUGCAGAGGAAGAUCAAGCGGGAGAAGAGGCUGCGGAUCUGGUAUCGCAGGUAGCGCCGCUGCUCCCCGCCUGCGCCCCUCUCCUCUGCCACCGCCGCCGCCACUGCUCCCUGCCUGCACAUCUUCUGGGAAGGUGGCCAAUAAACCAGACAGACCCACUCCAGCCAGCAGCCUGCGCCGCGUGCUGUGUGGGCUGGGAGCUGGCGGGGGACUGCCCGGGCCCGUUAGCCUCUCUCUCCUGUGUGUGGAGACACGGAGGCCCCAGGUGGGUGGUUGGGCUCAGCUGGGGGCCCACACUGGCCCCUCCUUGGACCUGCACUCGGCCUGGCCCCUGGCCCUGCCAUAAACACAGGGAGUGGAUGGGUCCCAGAGCUGGUCGGGGGGAAGCGGACAGCACUGGGGCGACCAGCUGGGCUGCAGGGUGUCCCUGCACUGGGGCUGGAGGGGCGUGGAGUCUGAGGAAGCGAGCGCUGUACAGCGGCGUCGCGGUGCCGGGCGAGGGACACUGCACGCCCGGGGGUGGGCAGAGGAUGCUGCUGGGAGGGGUGCCAGGUUGAAAGGCUCUGCUUAAUUCUGUGGUUCAGCCUGACUGGGUGGGAUCAGAGGCCCUCCCUCCUGAGUGGCCCGAGUGUCUGGACAUUGGGGCUGCCACCCUCUGUGCAGUCCUGACCUAGUUCCACCUCCUCUCAGGACCCCAGUGCCCGCCAGGGGGUGAAGGAGGGAAGGAUGAGAGUGUCCGUCCACUUCAGUGCACUCGUCCCUGCUACGGGGGGUGGGUGGCAUCAGGGGGUGAUGGGCAGUGUCCGCCAUGGGCACCGGGGGGGUCACAGGCAGGUUCAGUCUUUGGAGUGGGGCAAACCACCAUCUCGCUGAAGGCCCACCUCUUACUUUUUGGAGGGACAGGGAGAGUAAGUGCGAGCAUACUUCCGUGUCACGCUGCCGACUGGCCCAGCCCACUGUUAGUAUUUAUUUCAUCCCCAAGACCCUGAGGGGAAGGUAGUCCCGUGGCAGAGGUUAUGGGAGCCUGCUGACGUGAGUCGACCAGGGCAGUGAGAGGCCAGAGCCCGCACCCCCAGCC